UCAGGAGGAUACACUGCAGCUUUGAAUUAUUUUAGCUUCUAACACAACGCAAUGGCAUAUAGCGUCUAUCAAAGCUAUGACAUGUUUUUAAACCACUAAUUCGACUGCUUCAGAGGUUCUGAAUUCCUGGAAAAACGUCAAUCGUGCUUUGCGCCGCUUCAGUAAAGCAAUCGUGUCCGCUCACCAAAACGGAAUAAAAGCAGGCUGAAUGGCUGAGCCAGAGCUCCUGCUGGACUCCAACAUCCGACUGUGGGUGGUUUUGCCCAUUGUCUUCAUCACCUUCCUCGUGGGGGUCAUCCGUCAUUAUGUGUCCAUUCUUCUUCAAAGUGACAAGAAGUUGACUUUGGAGCAGGUGUCAGACAGCCAGGUCCUCAUUCGGAGCAGAAUCCUCAGAGAAAAUGGAAAAUACAUUCCCAAACAGUCCUUCUUAAUGAGAAAGUUCUACUUCAAUAAUCAAGAAGAUGGAUUCUUCAAGAAAACAAAAAGAAAGGUUGUUCCGCCCUCGCCAAUGACUGAUCCCAGCAUGCUAACAGACAUGAUGAAAGGAAACGUUACCAACGUGCUUCCCAUGAUCCUGAUCGGAGGCUGGAUCAACUGGACCUUUUCGGGAUUUGUAACCACUAAGGUCCCCUUCCCUCUAACGCUGCGCUUCAAGCCCAUGCUGCAGCAAGGAAUAGAGCUGCUCUCACUAGAUGCUUCCUGGGUGAGCUCAGCAUCGUGGUAUUUCCUGAAUGUCUUUGGACUGCGAAGCAUGUACUCAUUAAUCCUUGGCCAGGAUAAUGGUGCAGACCAGUCAAGGAUAAUGCAGGAGCAGAUGAGCGGGGCUGCCAUGGCCAUGCCUGCAGACACAAAUAAAGCUUUCAAGGCGGAGUGGGAGGCCCUGGAAUUGACAGACCAUCAGUGGGCACUGGAAAAUGUGGAGGAGGAUCUUAUGAGUAUGGAGCUGGACUUUGACGGCAUGUUUAGCAAGGAGCUGCCCACUGGUAUUUUCUGAGGAUCUGAAAUGCAGGGAUUACUGACAAAUACUGAGAUUGAGCAAAUCCCUCCCUGUUAUGCAAUGUUUACAUUCCUUUUUGUUGGGGUCCUUUUUCUUCAAGUUGUACUAACUAGUGGCUGAAAAUGUCUGGGAGAAAACAAGUCAUGUUUUUGUAUUAUAAUUAGCUUGCAAAUUACACUACUCACAGAGGUUAGGCAUAUCCAGCUCUCUGGACAUGUUCAUUCAAAAGUCGAGAGAAAGAAAAGUUGACUUCACUUGUAGAAUUUAUUGUGGGUUUUCGGAACACAUGCCUAUCUUUUGAUGAGUAGUGUAUGUUAUAGUGAAACCUGAUAGGUAAAAUAAUGUGAAAAACGUAAUAUUUCAUUGUAUUUCAUGUGUAGCUUGUUACUAUUUUCAUCUGCGCCAUCAGGUGCAAAAUAGAACUUUAAUAUCGGAAUGGUGUUUAAUUUAACAAUGAAACCACUCCUUUUUUAGACUGUAAGAACUGACUACUAAUUGGCGCAAGAGCCAGUAUGUGUCAGAUGGAUUUUUUUUUAGGGUGUGUUGUUUUGGUGUCAAUUGUUUUUCUUUUAUUUUAACCCUCCUGUGUUUGUUUUGUACAGUAAAACCCAUUUUGACUAAAUAA